AUGACUGACAAUAUACAUGCUCCGGUGCCUUCCAAAAAGGGGGCAUUGGCGCAGAUGAAGAUUAUGGAAACGCCACAGAGGCCAGCUUCUGGUGGUGAUGUUCGGAAUCGGAUCAAAUCCCCGCGUGGUGGGAUGUUGGCUGCUGCUGCUCGGAACCUGCGGGCGAGGUCUGAGACACCUACUUUGCUCGAUGAAAGAAGCUUCAAUGGGAUGGAUUCUGAGAAAGUAAUGUCACAGAGGUUAGAGGCUUAUGGGCUGGACUAUGUGACAGAUGAAAGGCUCCACAGGGAGAAUAUAUAUGACCCGGAUUCCAGAUGGUACAGCAGAAAAGUGAAGCCCAAGUUCAUUAUCGCAGAUUAUCUGCCAUAUAAUGUCGAGUCUCACUUGGACCAAGCUAAAUACCUAUGUCAUGUCAUCGUUAAUCUUUACAUUGCGAUUAAGUCCCUAGAUAUUGAAGGGCUGAUCUCGAUCUCAAGUAAGGAUUUGGCUGAAUUCAAGGGUUCUGUUGAUGACUUGGCGAUGAAAACGGACAUGUUUCGACUUUCUGGAGACACUGUUCAUGUUGAAGAUGCCGGCUAUACUACAGAUCAGCUAGAUGACGAUGACAUUCAAGGUGAGUUCUAUGGCGAAAGCAUAUAUUCUGAUAUUGAUAGACCUGGCAGUGGUAAGAUCACAGCCAGCUCUGCGACUAUCAUAAAUAUCAAUCACUGGACUAACGAGCUAAAAAAUUGUCUGCAGUUUGAUUUUCCUGUACAUCUGAGGAAGGCACUUGCCACUGUAUACUAUUACGUUUCUUUAUGUCAAGGUCAGAAUAUCCAUCGAAAGAUGUUUGUUGAAAUGUUUGAAGCGUUAGUAGAUACAGACGAUCAAGGGACUGAUUUUACUGUGAUGUUAAAAGAGGAUGGUAUGGUUCUAGAUUACAAAGCAUUAUACGAUUUGCUAUGGGAAUUUCUUCCAUACCCAGACUCUGAUUAUUGCAGAUAUGAUCUGUCCUCCAAAGAAGACUUGCAAUUUUUCCGACUUCUGUUGAGACUGUCUCUAUCCUGUAGACCUUUUUUUGAUGAAUCAGACGACACCAUUCUUGAGAAUAUAAUGAAAAAAUUGUUAUCUAAUUUAGCACCCUCAACCAUGUCUGCAGUUCUACCAAUACUAUCAUCAUCUGUUCCUUUCCAUUAUAAUGACAAGGCAAAAAUAACGGACUAUUUCUCCUUAUGUUUUAGUUUAUGGGGAUCAGUCAGCGCAAAUGUUGCAAUUGAUACCCAUAUGUACGAUUUGACAGGUAUGGUUUCAGAGGAUGCACAUGUCAGACUGUUAAAAGAAGAUGGCUCCUGGAAAACAGAUUAUAUCAAUUUUGGAAAGUUUGGCAUUUUUACUGAGGAUCAGCUUAAUUUCAUGUUUAAUAGGCUACAGGGUCAUUUGAGAAGUGACGGUCAGAUUCAUUCAUAUACUAGAACUGCAAGGCCUUUCAUUCAUUCUAUUAAUGGUAAAUUUGCAGAUGAGUUUUUUGAGAAACUUGAUGAAUUGACCAGUGCUAUUGAAACUUUUGUUCAUCCUUCAAAUACUGGCUUUUGGACCUCGCCUAUAGCCAAAUUUAUUCACAGUUUUGUGAAAAUGUAUCAUGCAAGAUAUAGUGAAGAGAAGGCUGCUAAUUUUCAUACUGAGUUUUGUUUAACGCCUUACUGUCAUGUGAAACUUACAGAUUCAUUGUUGAAUAUUAUUAAUAUUGGAUCUCAAAAUAAGAGUUCAGAUGUAUCGAACUAUUAUAUUUCAUGCUUGGCAUACUUGUUGGAUUUGAAUCCUAAGAAUAGGCACUUGAUCUUCAACAAGAUAAUCAAUGAUCUAAAUGAUGCGUUAGCGGGAGAAUAUGUAAAUUCUAGACAUAGAAUUAUUUCCUCGCUGAAGCAAUUUACAAGAACAGUUAGAUACAUGGUUGAAGAUAGUCUGUACCGUAUUCACGUUACAAAUAUUAUUUCUAACUUGGUCUCUAAAUUAGACACUAAUGAUAUUGAAUUAACUGGGCAAAUUGUGAAUGCACUUGCAACAGUAUUUUGUUUUGUGCCGAUAAAAAAUCUGGUAAGCAAGGAUGAAUUUAUGACAUUUGAGUCUACAACUUUGCCGUUCCUGACAGAGCAUUACUAUCAUAUGAAACUAAAUGACACUCAAGAUUUCAAAGUUGAUGAAGAAGUACUCUUAAAUGCUUUCAGAGCCUCCACUACAAUAUUUGAAACUAUGAUAAAGGUCUUUGUUGAUAAACUUUAUGAUUUUGUUGACGUAGAUAUUGAAGGUUCUUUGGUAACCAAAAUGAAUCAAACGACGAUAAUAAUGCAGGAAAGUAUGGAUAAUGAAAUGUUUGAGAAGUUUUUUAAAUUCUAUUCCGAUAAAUUUUGGACAAAUGAGAAUUUUAAAGGUAAUGAACCGCAUCACGAACUUAUCACAAUACCAUUGGCAGCGUUUGUAAGGAGAGAUAGUUCUUUAGCGAAAUCUCUUGUUCCGAUGUUGGUUUAUCAUAUCAAGGAUCAAAUAGAAAAAGGAGCAGGAUCACUAAGAAGUUCAACGGAAGUUCAAGCUAGAGAUGUAAAGUUGGUAUUAUACUUAACAGCAUUGAACGAUGUCUUAAGACAGACUCACGCGACCACACUAGAUCUAUCAAAUGAUAUUAUGGAUUUUCUGGAUUUCAUUUACGAGAACAUUACAAACCCUCCCAUUGACGUUUUGACAUCUAUCAUCCUUCACAAUAUGUUGUUCACUUUGAUUGCGACAGAAGUAGUUGAUACCAGAUUAUUUCCCGAAUCUUCUGCUAUACCUGAUAUUAAAAGGUGGGGUGGAUUGCAGUUUUCUGAUAAAAAAUAUGAAGAAGAAAACUUGAACAUCAAAUGGCAUGUACCAACUGAUAUGGAAGUUGAGUUGGCACUUAUGGUCAUAGAGAAGUAUACUAAUCUGGCGUUCACAAAGCUGGAUGAAAUCAUAAACGGUGCAAAUAAGAGCAAAGGUUAUAAAGAUGAAAUUGAAAAGUAUCUAUUACUCUUAACUCAUUGUUUGUCUGGGGCUAGUUUAUUGUUUGAUCCUGAUUUUAACAAAAAUAAAGUAAAUGAAUCGAAGGGAUUUUCUUAUGGAGAAACGUUACUCUUGCUAAAACAGAUAAGGGAUAGCAACUGCGAUUCUGAAGAGUUGGAUAUUGACUUAGAACAGAUCAGGUCUGAUAAGGGUGAUGAUGAAUAUAUUUCAUACAAAGAUUCCGACGAUGAAAGAAAUGAGCAUUCAGAUACAAUUGAAAUAAGAGAUGACGAUCCCGAAUUGAUUUUAGAUGAUCAGACUUCUGAAGCGCCAUCUGGGGUAUCCACUCCUGUGCCUGGCUUCCAUAAUGAUUUUACCUCCUCCAUAAAUGCAGGUGUUGCAUUUAGAGAGCUCGAUAUGUUCCAGUACAACUAUCACUAUGGAUCCUCGGUGACUGAUAAGUUUAGAAACCCUGGUUAUUUCAAAGUACAUAAAAUUAGAUCAAAAGUGGGACUUACUUUGCAUAAAGUUCUCAAAUUUUUGGUCAAAAAUGCUGAAAAUAACACAUACCUAUUUCAAAUUUUACUACAUGCUAUCAAAGUAUGGUUUACGGAUGUCGGCCAAGAAACAGUAUUUAAUGAGGACCCAACAGCGUUUCUAAGCUUAGAUUUUAUUGAAAAUAUCCAAUAUCUUGCUCAUUUAGAUGAACCGUAUACUCGAACAUUCUUAGCUGUGAGAGCGGAUGUAUUUCAUCAAAACAGGGUUUUACUUAGAUCUACAAACAGAAAACCAUCUAAAAUUGAGGUUCAACUUUUAAGAGAUGUCUUGGAUUUGGCAAUGUCUAUAUAUCCCGACAUUAAUAAACCAGCCCAAGGUACAAUGGUGCAUUGUAUGAAGCAGAUUAUUGGUUCUUACUCUAUCAUUAUGAAGAAAUUAUUAACGGAAAUUCAUGUUGCACUAAAGGCAUCUGAAUUUAAACAGCUGGCUGUUUUGCUUCAAAUUUUGAGGAUCAAAAAAAUAAAUAAAAAACUAUUUUCUGAUUACAAAAAUAUCGAAACUGUCUUCAUUAAUUUGGUUAAAUGUCUUGAUAUUGAUGAAUAUGACGUUGGUACACUAGCUGAAUCUAUAUUAGACGAUUUGAUUUCCGGUCUGAAACUACCGUCGAGUAUUUGUUUGCUAGACGAAACAACAGGCUCAUCAAUUAGACCACCAGAUCCUCAUAUCUCUAUUCAGGUAGAGGCAGUUCUGUCGGCAAAAUCCAAAAAAAGAAAAGACUAUUACAGGAUUAUCACUCAUCUACAGAACAGUAUGUCAAAGGUUUUGGGAAAUAAUCAAGGAUAUAGUUGGAAGCGCUCCUUAUUAUUGGUUAGAUUUUUAACUAAACUUCAAUCAAGUAUGGAGAUGGUUCCAGAGAGAGAUACUAUAAAAGUUAUAUUUGAUCAAUUGAGUUUGAAUCAUCCAAAAGUUACUCAUCUAACUAUUAAAUCUCUCAUUAUGAUUGCAAAUAGAAUUCUAUCACUCUCUGAUUAUAAUUAUGAUACUAUGAAUGCUUAUAAAACCUCGUUUCUUCCAGGAUAUAUGACUAAGAUAGAAACAUCUGAUCCAACAUUUUCUCAAAGCUUUUCAAAAGAAAUGACUAACUUUAAGGAUUCUAACUAUUUCAUUGAUGCGAAAUGUUUUGUUGGUUGGCUAUCUUGGGGCAGCAGCAUGUAUGUGGUUAAAACUAGCAAAUAUCCUAUAAACUUACGUGAAAAUGAGGAGGGCAUAUUGUCAGAUUUUGGAAAAUAUUUAAGUGUUGACUUGUUAAGGGAAUUAUGUCACGGUUUUGUUGAGGAUAAUGAAUCUAAAAAUGUAUUCAGUAGCAGUAAUGUUUCUUUCUUUGUACUAGUAUUGUUACUAAUCAGUGAUGAACUCUGUGAUUUGAAAAUAUGUGAUAUUUGUGGGCUUUGUAGAGAGUUUUACAAAAGAGACAGUAAAGCAUCCAUGAUCAUGUCUGCUGAGAUUUUUGGUGCUCUUGUUUCUGGAAGUAAAUUCAUGACUGAAGUAGAGAAAAAAGAUAGAGAUGUGUUUCUAGAUGAGUUCUUGCCAGAAUGUUUGGUUAACGAUCUAAACCAUGAUGCAUUUGAAGUGUGGUCCACAAUAACUUGGUGGCUACCAGCAGUAGUGGAUAUCAGGCGCUGUGAACCAUUUUACAAGCAUUUCUCAAAUAUGUCGAAUUUGAAAGAUAUUGACUCUGCAUUUUAUCAGUCUUCUAGAAUAUAUAUGUGGAGAGGUAUUUUGAUGGGACUUGAGUAUAGAAUGCCUAGUAUUUGUUCUGAUUUUUCAUAUUUGGCAUUUGAUCACCAAUAUGAUCAGGUUAGAUCUGCCAUUGGGAAAACCUUUUCAACUAUAAUACAAAACGUAUCCAAUCCAGGCUACGAAUCGACUUAUCUGCUUUUAAAUCAAAAGGAUAAAUCGACAGAUGGUCUAAAUCUCCAAUUGAAAAGAGUCCCAAAGUACAUUGAUGAUAUUAUUAAGAAAAUAUUUUCAGACGUAUUUUCAGAGGCGGCAAAACUUGAUGACAAAAUGACUCCACAAGAGGUUCUGAAGACCAGAUAUUUCUAUCUAACCUCAACUGUAAUCUACUGGAUGACGGAAAUGUUGCGUGGACCAAAUAAAAUUUUAUUGAUUCCAUAUCUAUUUGGUUAUAUCGUGCCAUUCUUAGCGCUACUGAUGAAAAAUAAGGAGAUGUGCUUCCUGGCUGGAAUAGAUCCUUCAAAGAUUUUUAUGAGAUUAGCCUUUGUUCCAGUUGGGCACAGAAUUCUUGGAGAUAUAGUUGAUAUUAUUUGCAGUGAUGAGUAUCUUCACACAACAAACCAAAUUAAGUUGCAGUUAACGUUUGUAGAGCAUUUUGAAUCUCUGCAGUUGUUACAGCUUUCAAAAGAGGACAAAAAGAAGAUACUUGACUUUGUGGUUGGUCAUCUGUACAACUCCCAAUCCAUCGAGAUAAGAACAACUGCCGGGAAAGUUCUAUCAGGUAUUGUUCACAACCUUGCGGACCGCAAGCAACUUGAAAGGCUUAUCUCUAAAUUUGAUGACCAAUUGGAAAAUCACAGCUACAAAGAAAAGAAGGAACUCUCCAGAAAUGACAUUAAUGUCCACGGUAGUGUCCUUGGCUUGAGUGCCAUAGUAUCUGCAUUCCCAUACGCGUUCCCAUUGCCUAAAUGGAUCCCCGCCCAGGUCAGUAUACUAGCCUCUUGGGCCAGGACAUCAGGAAUGGCAGGCUCUACCGCUAAGGAAACACUGAGCAACUUCAAGAAAGUCAGGGCAGACACCUGGCAGUUCGACAGAGAAGCAUUCACUUACGAUGAGCUAGAAGACUUAGAAGGUGUUCUGUGGAAGAGCUAUUACGCAUAG